AUGUUUACUCGUCUUUACUGUAUAACUGUAUUAUUUCUGAUAUUACCCUUAACUUAUCAGAAAAGAAACACGACAUAUGUUGUUGAUAUAAAAGACGAGAAUCACAAGGUUACAAAAUACACCGCAGUUCUGCUUUUUGUCAUUUUCCUACUGUACGGUAUUGUUAGCAACAUACUGUUGGCGAUCGUAUUCUGUCGCAGACGAGAUAAUCAUUACAGUCGUGAAUUUAUUGUCAUUGGAUCACAGCUGAUUAUUUCAAGUUUCAUGGCUUUUAUCCCACAAAUGGUUGUUGUAUUGCCUGAAAUACUACGAACUAAAAACAGUUCAUUCGCGGAUCAAAUGAUAUGGAUUAACCGUAUAUUUGCAACUUUUGCUACCAUUCCGUUCUUUGCCAUACUCUAUUUCUCAUUUUUAUUGACACUAAAUCGUUUUGUGGCGUUAAUUUUACCAAAAUGUUACAUUGUUUUCGAGGCAGCAAGACUGUAUUUCCUAAUCGCUUUCGUAUGGUUAUCAGUUUUAGCAAACACAGCUGUUGAUAUUUAUUAUUGCACCAGACGAUUCAAUGUCUUGAAAGUAAGCUGGGAAGCAGAUUGUACAAAGUCAGGUGCAGCAGGAGAUAUUUGGUGGAGGAUGCGUUAUUUUUUGGCAAUUCUGAUACCGAAUGUAAAGUUUGUUAUAUAUAUUAUGAUAUUCUACAGUAUACGUCAUAAACGUCUUUUUGCGACAGAUAACAAUCAAAGAAAGACGAACAUAUGUGCUGGAAAUGAAAUGAAUGAAAUGAAAAUUCAUCACUAUGAAUGGUUAAUGUUAAUUCAAGCUGCAUGGGAAUGUGCUAUAAUGGAAAUUGGAAUUAUUGCUUUCAAUUUCCUACCAAAAUGUUUAAGUAGAAUUUUUGACGAAAGAGCUAUUAUUCCAUCAAAAAUUUUCAUCAAUUGUUAUUUCAUUUUUAUUUGCGCUUCAUUACCUACCGUUCAUUUUAUUUACAAUAAAAGAGCACGUGAGAUUAUAAAACAUUAUUUAUAUCGCUGGUUAAAUUUAAAAAUUGGACAACUAAAGAAUAAGGUUGGUGUUAGAAAACAUUCAACAUUGUGGUAG